GUGGGUAUCAUUCUUACACAGGAGGUGGGUAUCAUUCCUACACAGGAGGUGGGUAUCAUUCCUACACAGGAGGUGGGUAUCAUUCCUACACAGGAGGUGGGUAUCAUUCCUACACAGGAGGUGGGUAUCAUUCCUACACAGGAGGUGGGUAUCAUUCCUACACAGGAGGUGGGUAUCAUUCCUACACAGGAGGUGGGUAUCAUUCCUACACAGGAGGUGGGUAUCAUUCCUACACAGGAGGUGGGUAUCAUUCCUACACAGGAGGUGGGUAUCAUUCCUACACAGGAGGUGGGUAUCAUUCCUACACAGGAGGUGGGUAUCAUUCCUACACAGGAGGUGGGUAUCAUUCCUACACAGGAGGUGGGUAUCAUUCCUACACAGGAGGUGGGUAUCAUUUCUACACAGGAGGUGGGAAUCAUUCCUACACAGGAGGUGGGAAUCAUUCCUACACAGGAGGUGGGAAUCAUUCCUACACAGGAGGUGGGAAUCAUUCCUACACAGGAGGUGGGAAUCAUUCCUACACAGGGGGUGGGAAUCAUUCCUACACAGGAGGUGGGUAUCAUUCCUACACAGGAGGUGGGUAUCAUUCCUACACAGGAGGUGGGUAUCAUUCCUACACAGGAGGUGGGUAUCAUUCCUACACAGGAGGUGGGAAUCAUUCCUACACAGGAGGUGGGAAUCAUUCCUACACAGGAGGUGGAUAUCAUUUCUACACAGGAGGUGGGAAUCAUUUCUACACAGGAGGGUGACAUGGACGAGGGCAGUGUGAGGAAGAGGAGGGACAUGUUUAAUGGAGGCCCCGGCCCAACCUCCAAUAUGUCUGCCUCCCAUUCCAAGCCUGCUGAGGAGGACGUGAAGGCUACCGUGCUACAGAAGGAUGUGGGCCUUUUGAGUGGGAUCUGUCUGAUCGUAGGAACCAUGAUCGGCUCCGGUAUCUUCAUCUCCCCGAAGGCAGUGCUGCUGGAAACGGGAGCUGUAGGACCAUGUCUGUGUGUCUGGGCCGCCUGCGGGGUGCUGGCUACACUGGGGGCGCUGUGCUACGCGGAGCUGGGCACCAUGAUCACUAAGUCUGGAGGGGAAUACCCGUACCUGAUGGAGGCCUUUGGGUCAGUGAUGGCCUACCUCUACUCAUGGAGCACAAUCAUGGUCUUAAAGCCCUCCUCCUUCGCCAUCAUCGCCCUAAGCUUCGCAGAGUACGCCUCCACGCCAUUCUACCCAGGAUGCACUCCUCCCAUUGUGGUCACCAAGUGCCUGGCUGCAGCGUGCAUAUUUCUGAUAGUGUUGGUGAACUGUCUCAGUGUGAAGCUAGCCAGCUAUGUCCAGAACUUCUUCACUGCAGCCAAGCUUCUCAUCAUCCUGGUCAUCAUAGUGGCGGGCAUCGUCCUCUUGGCACAAGGAAACACUGAGAAUCUGUCCAACCCAUUUGAAGGAGCCUCAACCUCCUUUGGAUCCAUUGGACUGGCGUUUUACAACGGGCUCUGGGCCUACGAUGGGUGGAAUCAGCUGAACUUUAUAACAGAGGAGCUGAAAAACCCAUACAGAAACCUUCCCCUGGCCAUUAUCAUUGGUAUUCCCUUGGUGUCUGUAUGCUAUGUGCUGGUCAACAUUGCCUACUUCAGUGCCAUGACCGCUACGGAACUACUGCAGUCUCCCGCUGUUGCUGUGACUUUUGGUGACAGAGUACUGUACCCCCUGUCGUGGGUAGUCCCUGUGUUUGUCGUCUUCUCCACCUUCGGGGCGGCCAAUGGGAGCUGCUUCACUGCCGGCAGGCUGACCUAUGUGGCAGGAAGAGAGGGUCACAUGGUAAAGAUUUUGUCCUAUAUCAGUCUGAAGCGUCUCACUCCUUCCCCCGCCGUCAUCUUCAAUGGUAUUCUGGCCGUAUUCUACAUUAUCCCAGCAGACAUCAACACCCUGAUCAACUACUUCAGUUUCGCCCAGUGGGCUUUCUACGGCCUCACAGCUCUCGCUCUCAUCGUCAUGCGCUUCACCAGGAAGGAUCUCGAGAGGCCCGUCAAGUGUCCCAUGCCCAUAGCAGUGCUGGUGGUGAUAGUGUCCUGCUACCUGGUCCUAGCACCUAUCAUAGACAAGCCAGAGCUGGAGUAUCUCUACUGUACCAUCUUCAUCCUCAGUGGUCUGCUGCUCUACUUCCCCUUCGUUCACCGCAAGUUCAGCUGGACGCGCAGGGUCAUGAGGCCAAUCACCAUGCACCUCCAGCUGCUGAUGGAGGUCGUUCCUCCUGAGAACAACGAAUAGAGGAAGAUAAUAAACAUCCUGAACUGACUAAUGUGGACAACUGUCACCCUAUUCCCUCUGUGGUGCACUACCCUAUAGGCCCUAGUCAAAAGUAGUGCACUACAUAGGGAAUAGGGUGCCAUUUGAGACGCAUGAUUAGAAAACACAGACUUAGAAAACACAGACUGUACUGUCUCAUAAUGAAGGUACUGUUUCAUAAUGAAGGUACUGUACUGUCUCAUAAUGAAGGUACUGUCUCAUAAUGAAGGUACUGUUUCAUAAUGAAGGUACUGUACUGUCUCAUAAUGAAGGUACUGUCUCAUAAUGAAGGUACUGUCUCAUAAUGAAGGUACUGUCUCAUAAUGAAGGUACUGUCUCAUAAUGAAGGUACUGUCUCAUAAUGAAGGUACUGUACUGUAUCAUAAUGAAGGUACUGUCUCAUAAUGAAGGUACUGUCUCAUAAUGAAGGUACUGUCUCAUGAAGGUACUAUCGCCAAUGGAGAUGGUUUAUAUAAUGCCCCUCUGUGUUUAAACUCUGCUUAGAAGGACAUAUUUGCUUUUAGGACACUGCCAGUAUAUAUUGAAGACACAAAGGCUCUGCCUGUCAAGUUGGCAGCAGCCGAUAAUGAAGGUACUGUAUCAUAAUGAGACAGAGGCUCUGCUUGGCAGGUUGGCAGCAGCCGAUAAUGAAGGUACUGUAUCAUAAUGAGACAGAGGCUCUGGUUGGCAGCAGCCGUCUACAUGAUCUGGUUCCCAAACUAAUUGACUGGAUACAGGAGGUCAAUGCCUGCGUCUAAAAUCCCUAUGACCCUAGAGAACGGGGAGCCAUUUGAGACGCUGACAAUAUGCUGCUCUUGUACAUGACUAGAGAGAAAAUAAGAGACCAACAUUAUGUCAUUAUCUUUUGCUUUUUAUUUGUCCUCGACAUUGUUUAAAAUCCCUCAUGUUUGCGCUGUUCAAGCACUUCUAUAUUAUCUAUAUCUAUGGUUUCUAUAUUAUCUAUAUCUAUGGUUUCUAUAUUAUCUAUAUCUAUGGUUUCUAUAUUAUCUAUAUCUAUGGUUUCUAUAGUAUCUAUAUCUAUGGUUUUAAUAGUUAUUUGACAAGUUAAAAGACAUAUUUGUCCCUUGUUGUCUUCUAUCUCGUCCACCAGCGGCCAGUUGAACCUGGGGACACGGUUCAUCUUAUACUGCCUACUGUGUGAUGUCAUCGUGUCACUCUAAACUGAAUGUAGAAUUUAUACUACUGAAUUCAACGUUUCAAAACCUCUUCUCUUCUUGGACUUGAAAAGUAGACAGUGAGUUGUUGUGUUUGUGAAUAAAACAGUUUACCCUUCAA